CCUCUUCUCCCCAUCUCCAAUUAUUAUUUUCCCAGCUGCGUAAUGCCAGGUCGGAGCUGAUAAUAUCUUCUAUCCAAGGGGAUUUUCUAUCCUUUCCCUUCUUCUUGUUCUUCUCCUUCUUCUCCUUCUUCUCCUUCUUCCUCCUUCUCUUCCCAUUCCAAUCCUUCGUCUCCUUCGUUUACCUCUCUACCCUUCUUAGUUACGUUCUUGUUCUGGCAGGGGGGUAUCGCGGUAGUGCAGGGCCCGCCUUCAUCUCUUAUCUGUGCCAGAACAUCUGACUUUCCUCUCACUCUAAUCUGCUCUCGCGUUGUUUCGCUUGCCUCGACCAGGUCAACUGGGGCCUGUUGAGUGAACUAAUUCAUCCCCUUUAUGGCUUGGACGCUCGCGAUCAUCUCCCCAGCACAGUUCGACCAUGGUUUACAACGCCCUCUUACAGGCCGACCACGAGGUCGCUUCCAAUGCGAGCGAUUCUGACGAUCAGCAUUUCCGCAGUCCUUCCCUCCAGUCCCAGCACCAUGAUGCAUCCUUCCAACCACUUCCCUUGGAUGUGGACCAUAUCGGCGCUGGCAACUAUCUGCAACCUGCCAGAUCAGCCGAAAGUUCCAGCAUCGGCGGUUUAGGCUCGAUCAUCCGGUCGAUCACCUCAACCAGCUACGACAUGGUCGAAGACGAUGACUACGAACUACCCGCCGAUCACUCCUCCGCAGCCCAAAGUCCCAAGAGUUCCCGUCGCGUGCCUCCGCUUGACACUACCGCAACCACCAUCGCUUCUUCCCCUUCCGAAGCGCCGCUCCGAAGCCCCAUCUCCGGAGAGCCCAUCCCUCUCAACCAUCCGACCCCCGGUCUACAGUCCCUGCAAGGAGCCUAUGUCAAUAAUGUGGAACGCCUGGAGAGGAGUGCUGAACGGAUGAGUAUGAGCUCAACCAAUAUUGGAGACGAGAUCCGCAAGAUGGAUUUGGAGCAGAAACGGAGGUCCAGUGGCUCCUCGGUCUAUACCAACAACCAAGAUGGGUUUAAGGCCAGCCUGUCGUCCCGUCAUGGCUCCAUCCAGUCUGCCUCGCGCCUCGCUCAAGUCUCGGAGCAUGGUCCGAACCCGUCGUACGCGGCAUCCACCAACCACACGCCCCUUAUGCCGUACCUACCUCCUCCCCCUUCUGCGCCCGCCCCAGGAGAGCUUCGUCUUGUCGACCAUGAGCAUUACAAUCACCUACUGGGCGAAGAACUCGAACGUCCUUGCACAGCGGCUUCGACUGACACCUACCAGCAAGCUCGAGUCCUGUUCACUGACUUCGACGGCGUGCACUAUGUUCCUUCGGAGAAAGACCUGGUGCGCCGAGUAUCGCUUACCCGCCCGCCGCUCGCAAGCCGAUCCGAAACUUACAAGCAACCACAGGCCGGCGAGGAUAUGGUCUAUUACCCUGCACCGGUGCCAAUGAUGUUGAACUUGCCCCCUCGUCUGUCGCGGAAACCAGGCGCAGAGAGAGAGAAGCGCCGCACACAGCUUCUUGGCUCAAUUCCUGUCGAUAACCGCAAAUCAGCCCCGUGGUUGUCACAACAGGACUCGAACGGCAACGCCGCUCUCAAGCGAGACAAGGAGGUAGCAGCGUUGCCGCCGCAGCUUCGUGCCAGUGUUUUCUUCGAACAGCCAUCGGUGCCACUUAAUUUAGAACUGACUCAAGCUUCCGCGGUAGCCACCUUGGAUAGUAUACUUGAUGCUUCAACACAUGCCCCUGUGAGUGCAUUUACCGACCAUCCCAUUGCUGGCGCGGCGGGUCAUGCCAAGCUCACACGUAAACCUUCCGUCGGCGGUUUGCUUGAUCAUUCGAAGAAGCGAGCCUCGCGGAGCACUCUCGGCUUCGACCGUCGCUUGUCCGAUCCGGAGCUAGAAGCAAGACCAGUGACCUCCGAUCGCUACUAUAAACAAACAGAAGCCGAGGCGGCAGACAUGCAUGAAGGCACCUUGUUACAGGAUGAGUAUGGCGCAACUAACGGGGCGGACGUGGUUCACCACGAUGACGAAGAUCUCGCCCAUCCAAUUGAACCGGAAGUAGAGUUCACCGGCCCGCCAAAUACACUAAUGGCAGAAUUGGAAAUGCGAAAGAAUGAACUCAAACAACGGCAGAAAGCCGUGGCGGGCCCCUUCGGACUCCAAUCAACGCUCCUCCAAAUGGAUGCUGUCGCUCAGAAGCAGAGCGAGCAUCGGCGACAGAGGCCAGUAACUCUGGCCUGGGAAAGUGCAGAUGCUAACAAGCCGGACGAGGGCGACGACGAUGAUGUCCCGCUGGGUAUGCUGUUUCCUGAAAAGGCACCCGCGACGGAAGAGGCGCGCCCGCUCGGUCUGAUGGAGAAGAGAGCCAUGGAAGAGUCGGAACCUCUGAGCCAGCGUAGAGCCCGCCUCCGGGGGGAACCCCCACCACGCACUCCCGAUAGGCGCUCAAACACGAUGUAUGCAGCUACGGUGCAAGACGCCAUGGCUGCAGCCGAGGAAAGCGGCGAUGAGGAGGAAACCCUGGCCCAACGUCUUCAGCGGCUUAAGUCUAAAGACCAGGCUCCUUCCACUGUUGCGGAUAGCGAGUUCGCAAGCGAGAUCCUCGCGGAGAUUAACAACGUCGGGGCCGACGGUGAGAAGGGCAAGGCUGAUGCGAUCCCGCCCGAGGAUGAGACUUUAGCGCAACGGCGAGCUCGUCUUCAGCGCGAGGCGGAAGCUGAAGCUCUGAACAACUCGACACUGAAGAUCCCACGGUAUCGGAGAAGCAUGGCUGAUAUUUUACACGCCCGACGUCCUUCUGCUAUGCAGCGGCCACCUACUAAAGAUAUUUCCAUGCCACAAGGGACAGCUCAGCAGCAGUACUCCAACGAUCCCCGACUGUCGUUGCGGCAGAUGCCAACGUAUCCUGGGCCUCAGGCUGGAUAUGCAGCUGCGAGGGCUGCUCCAUAUGUCUCUGGGGUGGCGCAUCCGAAUACAUUCUACAGCGAUGCUAUCCUGGGGGUCAGUCAUCUCAGCUAUGCACCUAACAAGCACCCCGCCAAGACGAUGAGACCUAUGAUUCACCCCGGUCAACGGGAGGUCAUAGAUCGCUGGAGGCAGAGCAUCGUCUAGUCCGUCUCAUCUGCUUCUUUCUCAUCUCCCUUUGACCAGUUCAUCUCCUCGCUCUGCAUAUCUAUAUUUCAAUCUUUGAUCCGGAUGCAUUCUACGGUAUUGCGUUGAGCUCGAUUUGUGUUUCUGGAGCCUUGUUUGUUUUGUCUUGUCUUGUUCAG